AUAAUGUCAGCCAAAUCAUCAGCUCGCGUUUUAAGUUAAUUUUUAUGUUGUUUUACUUGAAAUUAUAGUGAUUUUUUUGUUUUGAAAGAGUAAAAGUUUAUUCUGGUGCAAAAUGGAUCGAUUUAUAAGUAUGUGGAAAGUGCGGGAGUUGGCGGAUAAAGUUACAAACGUGGUGAUGAAUUACACGGAGGUGGAGGGUAAAGUGCGCGAGGCGACUUCGGACGAGGCUUGGGGUCCCACCGGUCAACAGAUGCAGGAGUUGGCGCUGGCCACAUUCACAUACGAGCACUUCCCCGAGGUUAUGUCCAUGUUGUGGCGGCGCAUGUUGCAUGAUAACAGGGCUCAUUGGCGACGCACAUAUAAGUGCCUGCUGCUGCUGAGCUACUUGGUGCGCAAUGGAUCAGAGCGCGUGGUGACGUCGGCGCGGGAACAUAUAUACGACCUGAGAUCUUUGGAGAACUACACCUACGUUGAUGACCUCGGCAAGGAUCAGGGUAUAAAUGUAAGGCACAAGGUGCGAGAACUCAUCGACUUCAUACAGGAUGAUGAGAAGCUGCGAGAAGAGAGAAAGAAAGCUAAGAAGAACAAGGAUAAAUAUAUUGGCAUGUCAUCGGAGGCUGCAGUGAUGGGUGUACGAAGUGGAGGUGGAGGAGGAGGUGGGGGUGGUGGGGGUUGGGGCGAGUACAGUGACAGAGCGGCACCAGGCUGGGAUGAUAUGAAAGAGAGAAAUGAUGAUGAUGAUUACGAAAGAGAUGAUUCAGAUGGUGAUUACGGACAUCGAAAACCACAAAAAGAGAAUGUGUAUCGGGAUGCAGAAGUUAUAGACACCAGCCCUCGUCUGUCUCGGUCUGAGCGAACUGAGCGUACUGAGCCGCUCGGCAAACCGCUCAGUAUCAGCCUGCGCAGUCCUGCUAAGACUAAACCCAGCACACCUGUUAAAAAGAUUGAUCUAGGUGCUGCAGCUAGUUACGGCAAAUCAGCAGCAACUCCACCUCCUGCUGCUGCUGCUGCUGCUGCUGCUGCUGCAAGUGUACAGAACUCUCAGAACUCACAGGAUCUACUUGAUGAUCUGUUCAAGACGUGUCCAGCGCCCUCCAGCGGCAGCGCCUCGCUCGUUCUAGAAGAUGACUUCGACCCUCGUGCUGAAGAGCAGAAAGCAGCGGAUGCAGAGUUUGGCGACUUCUCUGGAGCUUUCGGAGCAGCCCCCGUCUCAGCCCCCGCCCCUACAGCCCCGGCUCUUGCCCCGGCCCCCGCUGCCCCGGCCCCGGCCCCCGCCCCCGUCUCCGCAGCGCCCCCUGACAGCUUCGCGGACUUUACCAGCGCGUUCUCAUCACAAGAUGUACUUGUUGCAACAACACACAAUAAUAACAAUGUAUCAGCGUCGCCGGCAUCGAACCUGGACCUCUUGAGUGAGCUGAGUCCCCCUCCCCCUCCCCCUCCCCCCACCGCCGCGUCCUCCGCCUUCGGAGAUCUGGACACUCUCACUGGACACUUCUCAUCUGUCAAUAUACAAGGAGGUACGUUGGUGUCUGUGUGCAGACUGAGUCUUACCGAGUGUAUGGACAACUUCCUCAACUAUACAACAUACAUACAAACAAUACAAACAGAAGGAGACGCUAACAAUAUGAAGAAGACAUUAAAUAUAUUAUGUGAACAUUUACCGGGGCCGAUAACUGUUGCAAAAUUCAUCGGACAAGAUCAUCUUAUAAUAACCGAUAUAUUAAUUGAUAUGUUUUCUAAAUUAUUAUCUCGUUUAGUAAACAUUUGUUUACCACAAUGGCCUCUUUUCAAACAUGAAUUAAUAUAUAUAUUUACGAUAGAAGAAAGUUUUGAAACAUCGUAUGAAUCUUUAACAAUACUCUGCGGGUACUUAAAAGAAGAAAAUAAAAAAACAACACUUGACGGAUUAUCUUCAAUUUUACUUAAAUAUGUUAAAAGUGAUGCAGUUUUUACAGCUUUUAUAUGGUCUUGUAUAAAUAAAGAUAAUAUUGAUGUAUUUAAUAAUAAAUGGGAGAAUUAUGUUCAAUUAUUGGUUACUUUACCUGAAAGAGUAGCUAAUAGAUUGACUAUGAGUACACCUAAGGAAUUCUCACAUGAAAAUUAUGCUUAUUUAUUAGUAUUUCAAAUAAUUCGUGCACUAGAUUUUAUGGUUGAUAGUAAUUUUAAUGCAGGAAUUAAAUAUAAUUUAACAUCAUUAUCUUAUUUUCUGUCUAAAGUUAUUAAUAUUUAUUAUAAUUCUAAUGCAAUCAUGAAAUUAGUUGAUGUAAUUAUAUCAUGGUGUGAUAAAGAAUCUAGAUUUUAUCUCAGAUCUAAAUUAAUACAGACACUUUUGAAUCAUUUAAAUAGACAAGCAAUUGACAAUAUAUCAGUUUUGUUGUUAAAAAAAUCACCACUUUAUUAUAAUAAUAAUGAACAACCAAUUAAAAGAAUACUCGGAAAUAAUCUAGAUAUAAAUAAAGAUUGGAAAGAUGUACUUGUAUUUAGAAUACCUUUUUAUGUAAAAUCUAAGAAUUUUACAGAUACAAGAAUACCUGAAAAUCUUAUAUAUUAUAUAUCUACGAGUAAAGAUAAUGCUGAAAUAUUAACAGAUUUAAUAUUGAGAUUAGCAAACUCUUGGUCCGAUGUUAAAUCAAAUAAUGUAUCAAGUUUGGAAGAUCACAUGUAUAUAUCUGAAAUUCUAGUCUUAUCUGUGAAAUAUAGGACGAAAUUAGCAAAGAAAUUCCCUUGGAAAUUAAUCGAACUUAAAAAUAUAUUAUUCAAAGGGAUGUCGAAACAUCUUGAUAUUUUAGCGCAAGAACUAAGAUGUGUAGGUAUGGCUACUAUUGAAGUUAUAUUUACCAUAUUAUCUGAAAUAGAUGAGACAGACAGAAAAGCAGCGGAACAACUUAGAUUCGAUUACUUAAGUAUGGGUAUCACUUGUACAAAUGUACAUAAAACAUUGAAAGAUUUAUCUAUGAAAUGUUUCUUAGAUAAAACUUCUAUAAAACGUAUAACAACUAAACCAGAGACAAUAGAUUUGAAGGAAACACUUGAUAGUAUCGCGUAUAGAGUUAUAGAUGAAGAUUUAAGACCAUCUCACAAUACUUUAGUCACUUCAGCUGUUAAAAGUACAGAACAAACUAAAGCCAUAGUAAAAGCUAUAAUAUCAGCUAAAUUAGAAGACAUGGACAAAGAUAAGAACGAAGUAACAUUAGAUUCAGACGAUGAUUUACAACCUUACGAUAUGAGUAAUGACGUCACAGAAGCAUCUAAAAAAAGACCGAUGUAUUUAAGAGAUCUACUAGAAAUUCUUACCGAAGUGAAAGAUCUUGAUACUUUCGAAGCUUCAGUGUUAGCUGCUGAGGAAUUAGUGGAAAAACAACUAAAGCAUGAUGAUAAAAAACUAGCAGUAGAUUUACUAGAUUUGUUCGUACAUCUGGAACAGAAAUAUCAUGUAGACAAUUUUGAUAGUAUCAAAUUUAAUAUAUCCGUAGCUAUAGUCUGCAGUCAGCCUACGACGUGCGCUGAACAUCUCUGCAAAGAAAUACACACAGAUGUAGGAAGAUAUUCUAUUGCGACUAAACUAUUCAUGUUGGAUGUACUUUCUGAAUCUGCGAAUAGAAUAGCCGGAGUUAAACCUAGACAGGAGGAAAAACCGAAAUCGAUCAAAGUGAAACAGAACGACGAUGUACCCGCUGAAGAAAUAAUUCGACGCCGUUUAAUAAAUAAAACAAAGUACUUCCAUACAUUACGACCUCAUCCAUAUUCUAAAGCGACCAUUAACCGUUUCGCUGCCGUGUCAGAUUCUUUCUUUUACCCUCUGGUGGGUGGUUUUGGUUUGAAACAAUUAACUCUAAGUCAUCACAAUCAAAAACAAGAUGUUGAUAAUAUACUUAUGCUAAAAUAUCUUUCCGUAGUUGGUAAUAUUAUUCUCGUAUCGAAAAAUUGUCCGAAAUGUCCGAAUUAUUGUCGAGAUGUGAUGCGAAUGGUGCUCUAUUUGAGAUUCUCUCCCGAACCAAAGAUACAGAGCAGCGUGAUAUCGAUUAUUGCGUCGAUUAUACUCGCGUUGCCGGAAUCGAUGUUGCGAGGAGAAUUCCUAGAAUCGAUGUUAGAAGUGCGAGCCUGGUUAAUCGAUUGUCUUUCCAACUUGGAUCUGACGAUGAGACUCGGAGGACCGAAAUCUGAGGCGGCCAUAUUUGCCGGACAAGUUUUACAUUUACUUGAUAAGAUUGUGACAUUAGAAGGUUAAGAGGACUAUGAGGCUGUACAAUCUGUUUUACAACUACCCACCGUUUCCCCAACCAUGUGUAAUGUCUGUUUGUGCCACUAGAUGUAGCUGUAGACGUAAGAUCACAUGUAUUUUGAUUUAAGUGUUAUUAGAUUUAUGAUCUCAAAAAUGUUUUUUAUUUAUUCUUUGUUAUUUUAUUUA